AAAAAAUGCAUUAAUCAAGAGAUUAUAUGUGGGCAAGAACUUCUCCACCAAGGGCAUCUCCUCAUCUGUAUCAUCUCAUUCAAGUUCAAGGCAAUUGGUGUGGUUUCAUUUGUCUUCUUCGACAAAACCUUAUCCUAUAGUUGUCACACAUUUGUAAAAAGGAAGCUAGAAGGCAAAGUAGCGCUCAUCACAGGAGGAGCAAGUGGGAUUGGCAAAGCAACAGCCGGAAAAUUCAUCAGCCAUGGCGCCAAAGUCAUCAUCGCCGAUAUCCAACCGCAGCUCGGGGAAGAAACCGCGCAAGAACUCGGUCCAAACGCUGCAUAUUUCCACUGCGAUGUGACCAAAGAAUCAAACAUCGCCAACGCGGUUGAUUUCGCUGUCUCGCUACACACACAGCUUGACAUCAUGUACAACAACGCCGGUAUUCCCUGCAAGACGCCUCCUAGUAUCGUCGAUCUUGAUCUCAAUGUUUUCGACAAGGUAAUGAACACAAAUGUCCGUGGAGUCAUCGCCGGAAUCAAACACGCUGCUCGUGUGAUGAUCCCUCGUAACUCCGGAUCCAUCAUUUGCGCAGGGAGUGUCACGGGGAUGAUGGGAGGAUUAGCGCAACACACUUACAGCGUCUCGAAAUCCGCGGUUAUCGGAGUUGUGAGAUCAACGGCUUCAGAGCUAUGCAGGCACAGGAUCAGGGUCAACUGCAUUUCACCUUUCGCAAUCACGACGUCGUUCGUGAUGGACGAGAUGCGGCAGGUUUACCCUAACGUCGACGACUCGAGGCUGGUCCAGAUAGUGCAGAGCACGGGAGUGUUGAACGGAGAGGUUUGUGAACCGGUCGACGUAGCUAACGCAGCGGUUUACCUCGCGUCCGAUGAUUCAAAGUAUGUGAAUGGGCAUAAUCUAGUGGUAGAUGGAGGAUUCACAACUGUAAAGACUUUAGAUUUCCCUGCACCUGAUCAACUGAAAUAA